GAGCGUGAGUCGCAGGUGUGCUCCACCCGCAGCAGCGUUCGGGUGUCUCCCCUCCUCCGUCCGACUAUGUCUUGGGUCGUGUACAUUGGCAUGGAGGUGCUCAUCGCCGUCUCGUCGGUCAUCGGCAACGUGAUGGUGGUGUGGGCCGUGCGCAGCAAGCGCUGGCUCCGGGACACCACGUUUUGUUUCAUCGUCUCACUGGCCUUGGCUGACAUUGCGGUGGGGGCUCUCGUCAUCCCCCUCGCCAUAACCAUCAGCAUCGGAGUGAAGACUCACUUCUACAGCUGUCUGCUGGUCGCCUGCACCGUGCUCGUCCUCACGCAAAGUUCCAUCCUGGCACUGCUGGCCAUCGCCAUCGACCGCUACCUGAGGGUCAAAAUACCGAUGAGCUACAAGCGAGUGGUGACCCCUCAGCGAGCCGGCUCGGCAGUGUUGCUGUGUUGGCUGGUGUCCCUCAUAGUGGGCCUCAUACCUAUGUUUGGAUGGAAUAAUUUCCGUCGUCUCUAUGACAAUGGCUCCCUUGUCAGCGACGACCUCGUUGUGGAGUGCCAGUUUGAGACAGUCAUCAGCAUGGAUUACAUGGUCUACUUCAACUUCUUUGGCUGGGUGUUGCCCCCAUUAGUCCUCAUGCUCAUCAUCUAUGCGGAGAUUUUCUACAUGAUUCAUAAACAACUCAAUAAGAAGCAGACACAAUGCUCCUUGAGCCACGCAGACCCCAGCCAUUACUUCGGCAAGGAGCUCAAGCUUGCCAAGUCCUUGGCUCUUGUUCUUUUACUUUUUGCGGUGAGCUGGCUUCCCCUUCACAUCCUCAACUGCAUCACACUCUUUUGCCCCAAGUGUGACAAACCAUCAAGCCUCAUUUUCGUCGCCAUCCUCCUAACCCACGGCAACUCCGCUGUCAAUCCCGUCGUGUACGCUUUCCGCAUUAAGAAAUUCCGCACAGCCUUUUGGAACAUUUGGAAUCAGUAUGUCCUUUGUCGGGACCUGACUGGUCAGCUUCCUCAGAGAGGCAGUCAGAGAAUACAAAAUACCGCGAGGAGGCUGAGACACAACAUCGACGAUGACGACGAUGAUGUGUGACCCUUGGGAAACAGGCGGUUAC